GAACCACGGCUUCACCGCAUCAUUUGUCCUCUCUGAGAUAACGGAGGAGAGGCUUUUAGGGAAAGUCUUUCACAAACUAAUGGAGAGGGAGGAGGAGGAGGAGGACGCAGCCAGGGAGGGGAGGGCUGACAGGGGGAGACCGGGCUCCGCUCGCGCGAACCUCGCCAGUCUUUUCCCACGCCGGACUCAUCACGGCUCCGUUAAAUGACGGAGGCUCACCGCCGCCGGUCAGCACGGUGAUCCUGUGCAUCAUGUGCACUGCAUGGAAAUAUGUGAGAACUGUGGGCGAAAUGAAGACACGCUUUAAAGAGGGGAAUGGAAAAACUAAAGGAGGAGCUGCAGAAGUGAACCCUCAUAAAAGCCUGCAUCUUAUCAGCAAUUCCACAGCCAUUCCCUGAGACGUCCCUGCUUGGUGAACAUUAGCAAUGGCAGCACAUGUUGUGCUUCUCUUUCUUUUAUUCUGUCAAGGGGAAAGAAGUGGCAUUUCCGACGCCGCUGGCCUUUCAGAAGAAGAUGAGGACUUGCAAGUAAUAUCAAGCAAAAAGCAACCCGGCCUGCCUCAUCCAGAGUCCAUAAACAUCCUGUUUGAGAAAAUCGAUAAGCUGGGAAGUCAUUUUGAGGAGGCAGAAAGUGGCAGAGAAGUGCUGUCAGGUGUGGAUUAUGAACUGAAUUAUAUCCAAAACAAAACAACAAAUGAAACAUACAUACUAGGACAUCCUGAAGCUUCAUCCAAAAUACCCAGGAGGCUAAAAGUACCCAAAGAGGCUAAAAGUGUUAAUGAUAAUCACAGUUUAGCGUCAAGGUCAGAAAUGGCGAGCACUGGAAAUAUGGACUACAGUGUUGGCGACAGGGAGCCUGGAAGCAACCUGGGGGCUACUAAACGUAGACGGCUAGAGCCUCACCUGCUGCAGGAGGAGCCUCGCCGCCGCCCCCGCCACCGCAGGAGCUGGCUGUGGAACCAGUUCUUUGUAAUCGAGGAAUACAGAGGGCCUGAACCUGUGCUCAUUGGACGGCUGCACACAGAUAUGGACAGAGGAGACGGAAACACAAAGUACACGCUGGAGGGAGAGGGCGUGGGAUCUGUGUUUGUUAUUGACAGCAACACGGGGAACAUCCACGUCACUAAGUCUCUGGACAGAGAGGAGAAGGACCAGUACCGGCUCAUCGCAACGGCCACCGACCGCAAGAGCGGCCGCGCCCUGGAGCCCUCCUCGGAGUUCAUCAUCCGAGUGCAGGACAUCAACGACAACCCACCUGUCUUCCCCCACGAACCCUACGUUGCCAUGGUUCCAGAGAUGGCCAACAUAGGAACGUCCAUCGUCCAGGUCACAGCCAUAGAUGCAGAUGAUCCCACGUAUGGAAACUCAGCUCGGCUGGUGUACGGGAUCACGCAGGGCCAGGAAUACUUCUCUGUGGACCCUCAGACAGGCAUCCUGCGCACUGCCAUACCUGAUAUGGACAGAGAGACCCAGGAAGAAUAUCUAGUGGUCCUCCAGGCCAAAGAUAUGGGAGGACAUGUGGGCGGCUUAUCUGGAACCACCACCGUCACCGUGAAGCUGAGCGACGUCAACGACAACCCUCCUCACUUCCGAAGGAGUGCGUGGACAUUCUCUGUGUCGGAGCUGGCAGCACCAGGUGUGGAAGUGGGCCGUCUCACUGCCACCGAUCCUGACCUGGGAGAGAACGCACAGCUGGAGUUUGCAAUCCUGGAUGUAGAGGAAGCAGAGACGUUCAACGUCACCGGAAGAGACAAAGAGGCCGUCAUUGUGCUGAACAAGCUUCUAGAUUAUGAAACCCGCAGCUCGUACACUUUCUCGGUGGAAGUUGCGAACCCGGUGGUGGAUUCCCGCUUCAUAAGGAAAGGACCCUUUAAGGACCAGGCAACGGUGCGGGUGAUGGUGCUGAAUGCUGACGAGCCACCUCGGUUCUCGCAGGCGUAUUACCAUCUCGAUGUGUCUGAGAAUUGUCCCCCGGUCUGCUCUGUUGGCCGCGUGUAUGCCAUUGACCCAGACACAGGACAAAGCACAAACGUCAGAUACUCCAUCGAUCCUGGGUCAGACCCGGAGGCCCUGUUCCGCAUCUCCUCUGACACAGGGCUCAUCAGCACAGUGAUGGAGCUGGAUCGGGAGCAGGAGCAGUGGCAUAACAUCACCGUGGUUGCCACACAGGGAGACAAUCCAAACCUCGUAUCGAGGAUUGUAGUUGCUAUAGAGACGCUAGACCAGAACGACAAUGCGCCAGAGUUGGACAGACAGUACACAACAUCCGUAUGUGACUCCAGUGCUCCUGGUCAGGUAGUUCAGGUUCUGCGGGCCAUCGACCGGGACCAAGGAGGGCAGAACGCCCCCAUCCACUUCAGCAUCCCUCCUGUGUCCAGCUCUGCUCUAAACCUCACCGUCAGAGAGACUGGAGGUGUGACAGCCAGCCUGGUGCUCCAGUCAGCCUUGGAGCCCCUCCCUGGAUUCUCUUCCUCUUUGCUCACCCUUUACGUGCCUGUAGUUCUGCGUGACGGGGCCUCGGGUCUGACCAACACUGGCACUGUCACUGUGACCAUUUGUCCAUGUCUGCAAGGGGGCAUGCAGACUGAGGAUCGGGGCAGACAGAGGGACAGGAGAUGGGAGAGACACAUGGUCUGUCUGCCCGUGCCGUCUGCCUCCCCGUCGCUCAUCUUUAGUUUGGUCACAUUGCUGGCCAUGAUGGCCUGUGUCACCACCCUGCUGGUGGUGUGUGCACUCUCGCUGUCAUUGCGCCAUCAGAAACGAGACUCCCACUCGCCCUUUGAGGAGGAUGAUGUCAGGGAAAACAUCAUAUCUUACGAUGAUGAAGGGGGAGGGGAGGCCGACACCGCAGCCUUUGACAUUACAGCCCUGCAGAGCAUGCACAGGAUGCAGCACAUGCACAACAACCGCAACAUAUGGUACACCCAACAAAACACGCCCAGAGCCAGGAGGUUCAGCUGGAGCCUUCACCCCCGCUCCGGCCUGGGCCCUCAGCAGCGACCCGGCUCCGCCCCCCUGUACGGGCGCUUCUGCUACGGCAUGCACACACUGCCUGUUCUCCGAGAUUAUCCAGCCGGGCCGCUGGAGGCGGGCUUCCAGCUCAACCGGCUGACUCAAGGGACCGCAGGCGGGCAUUUAGGCAAUUCCCUUUUCAUCCCAAACCAGAGCACCUUUGAGCCUCUGCACCGCUCUGCCGAGGCGGGCCCGCAUGGCUUCCAGGCAGAACAUUUGGCAAAGAGCAGAAUCGCAGGCAGUAAUGAAGGCAGUGGAGCGAACACAGCUGGCACAAACGGAAACCAAGCCAAGAUGAAGGCAGAAGCUGAAGCGACAGCAGCCGGCGCUCCGGCCGACCUGACCCACGAGUCUUCAUGCCAGAGUCACACCAGCUUCUCGUCAAACCCGCAGGAGGCCCAGCCUGGAUCAUCCCCCGCUCAGAUCAGCACCGGAGCCACCAGCUGCACAGCGGACGACGUCGACACUGAUUGCUCAAUCCCCUCCAUCUCGGAGAGUUUCUCGAACAGCAGUCAGAUCAGCUCUGCCAACCCCCCCUGCUACCUGAGGGGAGACUCCUACAGCAUCGUGGGCUCUCUGAACCCCAGCAGCAUGGAGACCUGCAUGAACGGCAGCGGCCUGUACUCCGCUGGGGUGCAGCUCCUGAGCCUGGGCAGACUCCAGAGCAAAGACAGGAGCUCGCCGUCGUUACCCACGCCCACGUCUACCGAGAACAAUGGCUUACCAGCUGAGGCGCAACCCGAGUCGGCAGAGGCCGCUGCGCCACAGCCUCUCCGGAUGGAGGAGCUCCUCAACAUCCGUCUGGAUCGAGUCACCUUUGACAUGUCGCAGCCGCCCUACGACUCGCUGCAGACCUACGAGUUUGAGGGCCGCGAUUCGAGGGCGGAGUCCCUGAGCUCACUGGAGAGCGACUGCGAGAAGGACAAGGCAGCGGGGGGGAUGGAAGAGCUGAACCAGAAGUUUCAGAGGCUGCUGGAGAUUAUCCGAGACAGGAAGAAGGAGAGGGACACUCAAGCAAGCGAAGGGGGAGAACACGGAGCGGCUCCCAAACAGACUGAGGAACAAGGAAAAGGACAGCAGAGAUGGGAUUUCUAGCAAGUUUGAGUCACGGCUGUUUGACAGUGAUGGAAGAAGACGGAGCCUCUGACAGCAGAAGUCUUCUGUCGCUGCCAGGAAUCUUGCCGGCAGCUGCCACCAUGCUGAACAUCUGCAGAGCAGCGUGUUUGGAUAGCGCUUAUGGAAGCUGCCACUUUCCUCUCUGGAGCUGAUGUUAAUAAUGCACUCGGGCUUUCUGAGCUCAAGUCAUGAAAAACAACGUUCUUUUUUUUAAAUAUUGAUCCCAAGAGCUGCUCUGUGAGAAUAUGAGCUUCAUCAAAAACCAAUUGUAAUACGUUCCAUUGAUAAAUGAUGAUCAGCACGGUCACACAGACAGCGACCACACAGCCAUUCGUCUCCCCUAAAACACUGUAAAGAAUAACACCCACGUGUAGAUAAACAUCAACCUUUGCUUCUUA